AUGGCUUCCAACACAUCCCAAGGCCAGAAGCCCAAGGCACUACAUCCCAGGAAGAAGGAGCCCAUCGGAUGGGACUUUCGAGACGUACGAGCCUGGCAGGACCCAAUCUCAGCCGACUGGUGCUUCAUCCCUUGGAAGAACACUGAAGAGUGCAACGCCAACGAUCCAGACACCCACCCCACCGGAGGCCACGCCAAACUGCUCUACUACACGGUAGGGGAGCUCAAGGACGAACAUCGCGGCUCGGGCAUAGUCGUUAACACGGCCAUGCAUGAGAUCAUCGGCUGCUACAGGAGACAUGUGGACACCGAAGAGGGGCAAGAGGACAAGGUGGAGGCGCAGAGCCUACUGAAAGGAGAGAUUCCGUCUCUAGAAGGCGAACGGAAGAAGAUCCAAUCUAUGCCUGAGAACCAGCGCACUCGAGCCCAGAACAGACGCCUCACCGAGAUCGAUGAGAAGGAGAAAUCAGUCCGAUUGGCCAUCAAGAGAUGCAACGGCUUGGUCCUGGACCCGCGCCCCGAGAGGAUCGCUCGGCACGAGCAAACAGUGUUGGCGAUCCAUCCCUCGGUCAAGGAAGAGCGCUACAGCAAGUUCGGAAACUUCUACCUGGGCCUGGAGGAUCAAUGGGUACCAACGAUGGAGGACGUCUUGGAGAUAGGCGACAUACCGCCGUUCCGCGUGGAUCGAGUUACUAGCCUGGCCGAAACUUCUGAGGACCUGUCAAGGACCGAGAGUCUGAUUAUGGAGGCUGUCAAUGAGGCAAGGGGGCCGGACUAG